UCCAAAUUCUCGAGGCAAAUCGAUAAAUAAUUGAAAUUCUACAUUUGACAUUUCAAUUCAGAAAUAUUUAUUUCUUUAUGACAUUAACCUGAAUGAAUAAUUUUAUUAAAAUUAAAUUAAAAAUCAAGCACAACCGAUAUGGAAUUCAAAUUAAAAGACUUAACCAAAAUAGCUUUGGGUUCUCCGGAUCUAACAAAUGUGAACAUAGCCGUCCUACAGAGUCUCAUUGAAAUUCUGCUCAAAAAACUUAAUUGUCAAACAGAAACGGUGAUAGUUAGCUCCUUUGAAGGCCAAAAAUUGCAAAAACUUCUGGAUCAAAGCAAGCUCUCUCCACUGGGCAUCAAUGAUGAAAACGUAGAAGUGAUAAGCGAUAAAUUACAACACCUACUAAAAUUGGAACAUGAAAUUCAAGCAAUCGAUAGCAAAUUGUCCUGCCACCUAGAGGAAACAAGCCGUGCCAACAAUCAAGCUGAAACAACUUUGGACUGGGCAAAUUGGAAAACAUAUGCCACAGAAGAUCUCUGCACGAUAUGUAAUCCGGACAAUGAUAUUGCCUGUAAACUGCUCAAGAAUACAGAUUUCCUCAAAAAGCUAUUGCGUCGCAUUUCAGCACCCAUGGUGGAUCGCAUUUUUCAAUUGGAAAAUAAAAUCCUUGUUCUGGAAAAAGAAUUCAAUUCGUUUAUCAAAAGGGCCGAGGAACAUUAUUUGAAAAUCCAAUUAUUGGAGACAUGUCUCAACGAAAUCGAAACACUGCGCAAGAAGAUCAAUGAGAAUGAAACACAAUUCAUAUGCACCAUGGAAGAGGUCCAGGACAUGUUGGAUGCCAAAUUGGAUAAAAUUCAUGUGCCGGCCCUUAAGAAAUAUAUUAAAGAUAAUUUCCUGCGAAUUUCUCGCGAUUUAAAUGAUCUCCAGACAAAAGAAGAAUGUCCUCGAGCUGCCGGCAUUAUCAUGCAAGGUCUUCAGUGUAUGUCGUGUGGUAGUUCAAAUAUAUGCAGAGAGGUUGGAACCCUGCCGGUGGCCAUGUUGCCGGAUUCCAGUGUAAAAUUGGAUACAUCUAUAAUGAAACAUUGUUUGAGUCACCAACCGUCCGGCAAUGAACCCGUAAAGAAAAAAAUCGAAGCCAAUGCAAACAUUAUGGAAAUGGAAACUAUAGCGAAACCAUCUCAAUCGAAUACUAGAGCCAAAUGCGGAAAAGAUAAGGGGGAAUUUGAGGUAUUAGAAGGUUUCGAUGGCAAUCUAUACCGUAAAGGAUAAAUUAUAAUAUUAAAUAACCUUAUGUGAGUUUUUUAAAGGACAAGUUCGGAAAUUAAAUGGAAACCAUAACAGUAACUUAAAAAAUAAUUAUAAUCGGGGCUAACCUUAUAUUGGGUCCAAAAAUUGACAGAUAUGACUCAUUUUUGAAAGUUUUAUAUUGCGAAUCUUGUGAAACAUAGCUCAAAACAUUAUGAUCCCUUUGGUCUGUAUCGAAGAAGAGAAGCCCCGCCAGCUCCGUAUAUAAAGAAGCCAAAUUGUCAGGACGACGCUAUGUG